AUGUCCUUUUUUGUUGAAUUAUGGGAAUCGGUGUUUACCCCAGGAACUACUCCGGCAUUGAUCACUGCCACACACGCUUCUUUCAUAUUAUUGAUCAUUUCGCUCAUUGUUUUAAUCGUUCUUACGAAAUCAAUUCAUUUCAUUAACUUGUUGGUGAUAGCUACAUUGUUAUAUGGUACUGUAUUUUGGUUUAUUAAUGAAUUGCAAAAGGUCAAAUUGCAAACAAACGAAGAAUUGUCCAAGAAGGGUGAAGAACCUACCGACGAAAAGGAAACCGACGCAUCUGCUGAAAGUACCAGCGUUCCAGAUCCAAGCAAAAUCAAAAAGAGAAAAGCUUAA